UAUGAACCCUCUAUUAAGCGAUGAAAGAGGUGAAGGUCAGCAAGCGGGUUUUCCUAGUAGAAGAGAUUAUUUAGAGAAAUUAUUAACGAAAGAAGCUGAAAAUGAUUAUUUAAGGUCUUUUAACCUACAAAGAUAUCUUGGAGCUAUGAACAAUAAAGAUAGAGAAAUGAGCGGACACAAAUUAGAGAAUAUGCUAGUUGAAUGCAGUGAAUAUCUACCAUUUUAUCAAAACUCUGUUGGAUUUCGCAUUUCGAUUCACGAUGCUGAAGACUAUCCCUUCCCGGAAUCAAAGGGUUUCAAUGUACCACCUGGUCAUUUGACAUAUGUUGGCCUAAGAAAGAUUCAUACCAUCCUAAAGCCAAAACCAUAUUCAAGAUGUGAAUUAUUGAGUAAACUUCAAAUGGAGGAUAGAGACGCUUAUGUUGGUCAAUUACCUCACGUAACCUAUAGCGAAAGUUCAUGCAUGAAAACUUGUUUUCAAAUAGAGCUUAUAAGACGUUGCAGAUGUCAAGACCCCAGCUAUCCACGAGUUAUGGAAGUUAGAGCAUUUUCUCAAUUAUUAGAAGAGUUAGGAUUAAAAUCGGAAGAAAUUCCAUACUGUAGAUUAUUUGAUAAAAGAGAAAAACAAUGUCUUAAGUGGUUUAAUGAAUUGUUUAUAGGCCGAAAGGUAUCAUCGAAUGAGGAAAUUGUUGAUAAACUAUGUAAUCAAUGCCUUCCCGAAUGUGACACGAUAACUUAUCAUACAACUCUCUCUUCAGGAAUUUACAACAACUUGGAACAUUUCAGAAAUACGAGAAAUCAAAAUGCAAAAAUAAAGUACAAAAAUCUUAAAAACGAUAAGAUUCGGUACAAAUAUUUAGAAGAUAACAUAGUCGCUAUUAGCAUAUACUUGGAAGAUUUGGAACAGGAAGAUAUUCAAAGUGAUAUUGAUUUUUCAGCGUUAUCUUAUAUUGCCGAUAUGGGUGGAAUAUUAGGUCUAUGGAUGGGAUUAUCAAUUCUAACCGUUUUCGAAAUAUGUGAAUGCUUAUAUGAUAUAUUUUAUAAUAUGAUAUUUUGUCAAAAAAUGCUUGAAUACCGUCUACCAGAUGUAAACGAAUCACUUAGGCGAAAAAUUCAACGUAGAAUAGUUAUGAAUAAGAUACUUAGUGAGGAACAAGACAGGGAAUUGGACUUGAUAUUCAUUGAACAUGUAUGGAAAAAAGCCAAUCUACCAUUUAAUUACAUGGAACAAUUACAGAACAACUGA